GAGCUCCGAGCACCACAUCAGAACCACAGAACCUGGACCAGCUCAGAGAGGCUGAGGGUUAGAUGCUGAAGACAAACUGAGAUCAUCCAAACAGAAGCAACAUGACUGCUGCAGCAGCUCAGGACCUGGACGAGCUGUGCUUCCUGUCGGCCCAGUCGAUGCCCAGCCUCAAGGUGUCGCAGCACUUCCAGGUGCUGAAGCUGCUGGGCGAGGGCUCCUACGGGAAGGUGAUGCUGGCCGUCCACAGGAAGAGAGGAACCCCGAUGGCCCUGAAGUUCUUCCCCCGUCAGUCCACCUCUCUGACCUCCUUCCUCCGUGAAUACAACCUCUCGCUGUCCUACUGCACUCACCCCUCUCUGACCCGAGCCCUCGGCAUCUUCUUCUCCACGCCGACCUACUACGUGUUCGCUCAGCAGGCCGGACUCUACGGAGACCUGUACAGCGUCAUCGUGUCCGAGGUCGGGGUGGACGAGGACUGUGUCCAGAGGGUGAUGUCCCAGCUGAGUGGCGCCGUCACUCACCUCCACUCGCUGGGCUUCGUCCACCGGGACAUCAAACCCGAGAACAUCUUCCUGUGCGACGCCGCCUGCCGCUGGGUCAAGCUGGGCGACUUCGGCCUGGCCCGGGCCGUCGGCACCACAGUGCGGGCCGUCUGGUACGAGUCACCCUUCUGCACCCCGGAGGUGGAGCUCGCCAAGGAGACGGAGAAGGUGCCGGAGGAGGAGGAGGAGGAGGAGGAGGUGGAGGACAUCUGGAUCACAGUGGAGCCCUGCAUCGACAGCUGGGCUCUCGGGGUUCUGGUCUAUUGCCUGCUGACCGGGUGCUUCCCCUGGGAGGAGAGCACCCACCACGACCGAGGGUACCGCAGAUACGAGGACUGGUUCUACCGGGAGCAGGAGCAGAACCCGGGGGACGACGAGGACGCCGACGGGUUGGCCGUCAUGGAGAGGAACCGGAGGAACAACCCUCCUCCCUCCCAGUUCGAAGGCCUCAGCCCGCUGGUCCUGACUCUGCUGAAGGAGCUCCUCCACCCAGAACCCAAACACAGAGGGAGUCCGGAGGAGGUUCUGAGCUACCUGGGAGGCCCGUGGCUGAUGGAGACGGAGCUGGAGGAGAGGAGGAGGGCCGAGGAGGCCGAGAAGGAGGCCACGAAGAUCAGAGAGAGGGCCGGCGUGGAGGAGGAGCUGCUGAGGGAGGGACGAGGAGAAAGAUGAGCUGCUCCAGCACAGCUCUCAGAUGUUCUGUAUAAAUGUAGAUGUGACUUCAGUUGAUUCACUGUAAGGUGCUGAUUUUUCAUAUUUUUCUAAAGUUCCUCAAGUUUCCAUUUCUAUUGUUGUACAUAUUUCUGAGUGUGUGUGUCUUAAUUUAUGAAACAGAACCAGGAAGUUUUGGUUGUGUUUCAUAACGCAGAUAAAGUCUGGAUUGAACUGGUCUGAAUAAAACAUUGUGUCUACGUUAA